GUUGUGUAUACUUCAAAAAAAAAAAAAGAAGAAAAAAGACAAACAUUUCAAAACUGGAAGCAGCUUUCUAUUUUGCCUCAGUCACGUCGCUGUUAAAAGGACAACCAUUAUUUUUGUUCGUUAUUGUGACUUGAUUAUUGACGUAGAUCACGCCCAAUCGUGACACACGCAACGAGAUAAGAUUACACAGUGCGUCUAGAUUAUUAAACAAAAACGAUUGAGAAAGUGAUACGAACUCCAGACAAGUCCGCAUCGUCAUUCAACUCACAUCAUUUCAUUAUAAAAACGUUAAACAGAACACAUUUCGUGAUGACUAAAUUCAAGUGCACCGAGUACACGAGUUCGGCUGGUCAUCAAAAUCUCAAGUUCCAGCCGUCGUCGCUCACAAGUGGAACAGAAUUAAAGAAACGACACCAGAGGGAGGAGGAUUCGUCCAGCAGCAGUGGUCAUUCAGAUUUCUAUUAUUUCGCCAACCGAGGCUGCGCUAAUGCGAAAUCGUCUGACGAGGUGAGCACGCUAGACAGCGGGCUAUCAUCCGACACGGAAGGGUUCACUCCGCCGCCGCUGCCGCGCCGUGUCAACAAGAAGGCGGUGGCUGAAUUGCUGGACGAUUCGCAGUCGGACGUCAGCGCCGACUCUUUAGCGCUCAACGACGACGCCCAAACCGAUUUGACGUCGUUGGCCAGCAGCAUCGAAGUCAGCCCGGCCACGGCCCGUAAAACGGCCAAAGCUCUGCCCAGUAAUCUCUUGUCGGAGAUCCGCACCAAGGCGGUGAAACUGCAUCAUUAUCAACAGCCGCAGUCGGUCAAGGAACUGGGCAAAGUCUUGGAUACGCAACUGAAAUUGCAGCGCAGCAAAAGCUCGUCCGUUCCGCCGUCACGAUCACGCAGCCUCGUUUUGCCUAUUCCGCAACCGUCGGCGGCAGCACCGUCGUCCUUCGAUCCGGCCGAUGCUUACUACCAGCGAUUCCACAUGUGCGAAUACGUCGACAUCGCCACCGCCAAAAACAACAACAACAACAACAACAGCCAACAACCCGAAUCGCCCGUCGAUGACCUCAGCUUCGCCGGUCUCAAAGACAUCAUGAACGUAGAGAAGAGCGGCCAAACUAUCCGCAGCCACAAGAGCGGCACCGUCCGCGGCGUGCGGAACCGAGUCCGCGCCGGUAUCACUACCUUCCUCCAGGGCAAGACCUUCAAAAGUUACGCGGAACGGGAACACGGCAAAGUCGUUGUGUACACGACGUCCAUGGGCGUGGUGAGACAGACAUUCCAGCGCUGCCUGCAGGUACAGCGCAUUCUGGGCACCUUGCUCAUCAACUACGAAGAGCGUGACGUCUCCAUGAACCGUCAAGUGCAACAGGAGCUCAAGGAGCGAAUGAACCGCAAUCGCGUCGUCAUCCCGCAAGUGUUCGUCGAGGGACAGCUCCUGGGCGAUGCUGACGCUAUUGAGAAAUUGAAUGAAACGGGAGACUUGAGGCAAAUUCUACGUCGCUACAAGCGCGUCGGACCGGAGACGAUCUGCGAUUCAUGCGGCGGCUAUCGGUACUUGCCCUGUUCCGUCUGUUCCGGUUCGAAGAAAUCCAUCCACCGCAACCACUUCACCGCCGAGUUCGUGGCUCUCAAAUGCAUUACCUGCAAUGAGGCGGGCCUUAUCCGUUGCGUCGCUUGCUCGUCCACAUCAUCACCCGCUUGAUUGAAAUCAACUUUGCGCGUCACCCCAUCAUAAAAAGAAAAAAAAAGCAACGGAAACCUACAGACAACAACAAAACCGGAAAUCUCUUUAACGCACUUCACUUCUUCCUUUAAACCAUUUAGCGAUUAACUUUUGUAUUUGUUUUUUUUUUUGAUCCUUUUAAAUAAUUUCCUCAUCACAGCACAUUAACCUAACGUCUUUUUGUUUUAAAGAAAUUUAAAUUUUUGGGAUUUUUACUUGCAAUUGAAUAUCAACCGUGUAUACAAUCUUACAUCAAUAUUGAAAGACUAAAAAUGACCUAUAAAUUGUUCUUUGGCCCUAUACAACAUCGAAACAACGUACAAGAAAAGCAAACAAAGAGAGACAUGUAGUACAUUUUCGAUACAACUCCCAUCUUCCAAAUCAUUCGUGUGUGUGUGUAUACGUGAUCUGUGAUAUGUCGAAUGAAUGUUGAAACACUUUAUUUCUUUCUCCAAUAUAUAUUAAAACGCGAAGGAGGAGAACGAGAAUGAACAUACAACACUAAAACUUUUUUUUUUCUUUUUAUAAUACACUGUCAAAUGGCAAAAAAAGAAGGAAAAUAUACUGUAUACUAAACAAG